AGUUGGACUGAGAAGAUUGUGCCAGCCUGGUCUUCUGAAUUAAAUGUAACCAGCUCUGGCAGGGAGGAAUGGAAGCAGGCUUGUGUCCAGACCCCUGAUGCCCCUGCUUGAGUCUCUAUUGGCUGGGAGGGGUCGGGACCUCAAGGGAUGGAAGCAGGAACCACAGCAAACCUGGAAGCCAGAGAUACUUAGCUUGAGUCUGGCAAGAGGUUUGGGGGUCAAGGCUCUUAGCCAGUGGGCCCUGGCCUGAGGCUGCCUCAGCAAGCAAGGCAGGUGAAGUAUGCUGAGGGCAUGGCCCUGUGUGAGGUGAGGCACGGUUGCCGAGUGACUGUCCCUGGGCAGCCACCUGCUGUCAGAGGGACUCUGCCUGCUGUGCUCACCCCUUGGCGGCAGGCACCCCGCUCCUGCUCUUUCCUGUGCCUCCAUGUCUCGGCAACUCAGCAUGGACACGGUGCGGCAGAACUUCUGGAAGGAGGAAUACCUGAGGGAGAAGAUGUUGCGCUGCGAGUGGCACCACAAGUACGGGUCCCUGGUGAAGGCCAAGCAGAAGGCCAAGGCUGCAGCCCGCCUGCCCCUCAAGCUGCCAACCCUGCCCCCCAAAGCCCCACUGUCACCCCCACCCGCCCCCAAAGCAGUUCCUUCCAGGGCCUCCAGCCCCUCCUUGGAGGCUCCUAUUCAGUCAGAGAUGUACCCAGUCCCACCUGCCACCCGGGCCCUGCUGUACGAAGGCAUCUCCCAUGACUUCCAGGGCCGCUACCGCUACCUCAGCACCCGAAAACUGGACAUGCCAGAGAAACGCUACCUCUUUCCCAUCACCACCAACUUCACAUAUGGCUGGCAGCUGGGCCCUCCAGUGAAGCAAGAACUGGUCUUCUGCAAGAUGUGCCGCACUGAAUCUUUCUUCCGCAAGAAUGGGGCCUUCGCGCUCCUUGAUCCCCGGGAUUUGGCCCUCUGACCUUGAGCAGGGCAGAGAGCUUAGGGGAGGGAAGAAGAAAUAACACACCUCCUGGUGGGGCGAAGCUG